AAAAAAAAGACCAUCAUAAGAAGGAAAAAAAAAAUAUUUACCAAUAAUCUUUGUUGUAGUUAACAAUGGGCAGAAUAAGUAGUAUUUACUUCGGCACAAAGAAAAAAAUAUAUACCUUUGUACCUUUUUUUCCUUGUUCUGUUGAUUUUGCUGAAAAUCAUUUCGGGAAAUGAAGACACGUGGUUUGGAUGAUUUUAAUACAUGUGAAUUCUGCAUCCUUUUUCCCACCCAAGAGUGUCAUGUAUACUAAGGUGAGCCAAUGCAAAAGAAAUAAAUGCAUGCCAUACUAUUAAGGGGAAACUAUAAAACAUAAUCUGGAUUAUGCUGCAUCACUUGUUCUGCUGGAUCUUCAGGAGCAUGCUCGUGCUCAGAAUAGGUUAGUCUGAUUAUAGAAAAGAUUUCUCCAAGAACCAGCACAUCCUCUAUAUCUGGGUUCUGCAGUUGUCAGAACAAGAGGCAUAUCAGGUUGUUCCAGAAGGUAUUGUUUUACAAUUUGUUGGGCUUAGGGAUGCUUGAAGGGAUUUAACCUGUAUUCUUUAAUAUUUAUGACUCAGGAAGACCAAUGUAACUAUUUAACUAGUUUGAAUGAAAUAUUUGUUUGUGUUAACAUAUGAUCCAUGAGGUUGUGAUCAAGCAGGAGGUUAACAUAAUGUUUUGAGAAUAUUAUUGGUUUAAUAACUCUAUUCAUGAUACAGUUUGCCUUUAAGCCUAAUGUGAAUUAGCUUUCCCUCUGUGGUUUGUCUAUAAGACAGGCCAGGCAAGUGCAAAGGUUGUGAAUUGCUGCUUAAGAUUCUUCAUCGUGUUGUUAGUAUCCCCUUCUAAAAUAAAUGUGUAUCAUUCUUGAUGGUACUGCUCUGUAUUAUUUAUGUAAUGUAUGCUUAUUGUCUGCUCUUUAUGGUGCUGCACCUAUUUUAAAUCUGCUUAGUUGAAUUUGCCUUCGACUUAUGCAGAGCACGCGAUCCUGCAUCAGGUUCCUUUUGAUGAACUAUGCAGUACAUGUCCAUUAAGCUGAGGGCCCUCCUCAAGUACUUCUAUUAGUCCUUCUGAUGGACAUAAAAUGUUCAUUAGAAAUGGGACCAUCCACUCAAACUUUCGGAUGGACCUGCAUGAGCUGUCCUCGUCAGUGCACUUUAAUUCCGUUAUCACUCACAUCUUUGUCUUGAACGUACCAGGUUUGAGCCUAUCUAUAACUCAUAAAUCCUCUUAAUUUCAUAUUCCAUCAUUGCGUGACCUUAUCUGAUUCUAGGCUUCUUAUGCUCAAGAUUCUGAAGUGAUCAUCUAAUUACAUGCCGUUCUCCAUUCUCGGAGCCUUUCUCCUUUUACCAUUUCCCUUAAAACCUGCUUUGGCUUUAUUAAUCUUUUUAUGUUUAUAUAUUAAUAAUGGCAUCACCAUAGUUAUGUUCCAAAAUCCAUGUGGCACUAUCCACAUCCAAGAAUGUUUAUAUAUGAACAUCGCUAUUUUGACAUCGUUACUGAGUUCCAUCAUCGAAAUCUAGACUCUUCAUUCAAGCAUUUCCUUACAACCCACAUGGGUGUGAAAGUUGUUUUCUUAUUUACACCUUUAUAGUAUCAUCUGCAUAAAUCUCAUAUUUUGUGAUGCUAUUGAUGCCCAAAAAAUAUAGAGAGAGAUAAUACCCUCACUUUAUAGUCAUUUUUUUAAUGCAUGAUCUCACAAUUCAUUUUUUAAUACCAUCACCUUCUACUUGAUUUUGCUAGCUUUAUUUAAUACCAAAUUUGCAUCGAGAUUCAGUGAAGGACAAAAGAGGAAAAAAAAAAGUUAGCACAAAACGAGGGGAUUCAUAAAAGAUUCCAACUUUUAUGCAGGCAGUUACAGUUUUGAGUGAUAGCUGAGUAGGUAAAGCUAGUUAUUUAAAGUAGUUGGAAUGAUCUCAUUAGGACCUUACUAUGUUGUCUUUACUCGAGGAUUUGGGGGCAAGAGUAACAUGGCCUUCAUGUGCUAACCUAAAGCCAGAGUCACCAUCAAUCUUAAAGAGAAUUGCCUAGUCUAUUGGCUCAGCGAGGCCCCGCAUGCAUUUCGGUGAGAACGGUGGGCCUUUCUAGUCUCUCUGUUGUUUGUUAUCCCUUUGUUUUCCCCUUCGGACCAAUCUCAUUCACAGAACAUGGGAGAGCUGCUUCCAAGGACAGCAACGUACACAUAAUCAGUUACUAUACUUUUCAGGUUUCACCAUUUCUAGUCUUCCUUUACAAUAUUCACUGAUGGUCACUGUCUACCAUCUCUUUAACUAGGUGGACGGUAAAUAAAAACACCAUUGAUAGAGAGUUGGAGGGACCUAGGUAUGCAUUUGAUAAAUGCUUACUGAUAAGAAACUGUGUUUCAGAAGUUGGUCUCCUGCACAAAUUAAUUAAGGACAAGUUUAUGAUGGGUUUGUAGGGUUUCGUGCUUGAAGGGAUGGUGCAUGUGUACUGUAAGCGAUUCUUCAUUCUUGGGGUGUUUGAGAGAAAACAAAAAGGGAAGACAGAAAUUGACAUUGCUGUAUCAGGGCACUAAAUAUGUAUUUCGAAUAUCACUUUCUGAGCCUUAGAACAUGGGGAGAGAAGUUUGCUUAAUAGAGCCAGGAUAGGAAGAUUUUAGUGGUGAGCAUUUGGAGUAGAUUUAUGUCAGAUUACAACUCCUAUGUAGUGGUGGCGGUUUCAGCAGGACCACAUGGGGAGCCCUUAGUUUUGGUGACACUUACUUCUAUUUCAAAUAUUGCACUUAUUUGCAUAUUGCAAUGCUGGAUUCCCAAGUCCUAACAUUAAACAAACAAAAAAAUAUUACCACCUGGGAAGAGAGAAAUUAGAAUACUAGAGAAUAUUGGAGUUGAGAAUAUAAAGGUAUAGGAGUCAUGCAAGUAAGAAAGAUUCACAGACUUGGGCUUUAUUUGUUUAUAGAUCUCGAAAGAAGUGUGACCGUUUGAAGAAAAAAGGUAUCGAGGGUCAAAAGUACCUGAAAAUGUAGCAGUAACUUACACAUGGAUUUCUGCAAAAAAAAAUUUGUGUACUUUGAGAGACAUUUUGUUCAAUGUCACUGAGUCCGCAGAAUCACAAGCCCAACAAUUAGAAAAUGCCAAAAGCAUCAACAGGAUUGUACUGAAGAGUACGCAUUAUUGUCCGUGAUUUCAGGUAGAGCGAGAGAGAGAAAACUGUAAUUAUAAUUUCAAGUAGAACUUUAAAAUAUGGGAAAGAUCUACUUGUCAGUUAAGCCCCAAUGCCCCAUUGCACCAAAUUCAGUAGUAUUCUGUGAACAAAUCUUAUAAAACUGGGGUUAUUGGCUUUUUAUAAAGACAAAUUGGUCGAGAAAAGGACGAUUCAUUGAAAAAGUAAUCAGAUACUAGAGGGAGGGGAGUUUUGAAAUUGGAAAUUCACCCCCAGGAAAAGUCCCGUGUAAUCCAUAUCAAUGCAGCAAGCCGAGGUAAAUGUACAGACAGAAAAGUUUUUUCGCGUGUAAACAACAGUUUUUUUAUGUAGUAAAAGAAUAGUCCAAAUUCAAACAACUACCAUAACAGAACUUGAAACCAAGUGUGCCGAAGUGACCAAACAAAACUGUGCCAAAGGACAGCAAAAAUGAUGAAGAACCUUGAUAAAUAUAUAACUACUUUUGUGUGUUUGAGAGAGAGUGGGGUCCAUGGUGUCAACAGGAGGGCCAACAGAGAAGAGUAAACCCAAUGGGCUUGGCUCCCACCAUGUCCUUGCAACUUAUACUAUACCCACAAAACACCCGAGGUCUGUCCUUGCUCCCACACGCCACAUGAUCGAUCUCUCUCUCUCUCUCUCUCUCUCUCUCUCUCUCUCUCUCCACCUUCAUCAUAAAUACCACCAUAUCCCCCCACCCCUACCAUAAGUCCAUCACCGGCACCUCUUCUUCCGUAAGUUCCAUAUCUCCCUUGCUCUAAACCACCACUUCUCUCAACUUCCAAAAUGGCCAUUAAAAAGUCUAAUAAACUCCCUCAAACUGCACUUCUCAAGCAAAUCCUCAAAAGAUGUUCGAGCUUGGGAAAGAAACAUGGCUACGACGAGGAUGGCCUUCCGCUGGACGUCCCAAAAGGUCAUUUUGCUGUCUAUGUUGGCGAAAAGAGAAGUAGGUACAUUGUCCCAAUUUCAUUCUUGACUCACCCUGAGUUCCAAUGUCUCCUCCGCCAAGCUGAAGAAGAAUUCGGCUUCGAUCACGAUAUGGGCCUCACCAUUCCCUGCGAAGAAGUCGUUUUCCGCUCUCUAACCUCCAUGCUAAGAUGAAAAGAGAUCGAGAACUUGACGGGUUUUUUUUGAGAAGAUGACUAAGAUGAAGCAGCAGUUUCUGCUUCUCUUUUUUUAACAUCUUUCUCCUCUCCAUUUGUCUUUGAUCAUGAUCUUUUUCUCUCUGUUUUUCACCUUUUUUUUUUCUGUUAGGGACCCAUUUGGGUUUUUAUGUUCAAUGACUCGCUCUAACGUAAAUGCUUGGACAUUUUAUGGGCUGGAGAAUGUAUAAAGGUUGAGAUUUUCCUCACAGAGGUGGGUACUGUUACGCCCUGUGAGAGAAGUUGUUUAAUGGAAACAAUGGUGAUUUGCCUGUA